AUUCUUCAUCAAUUAAAGUAUGGACUCAACUUGGACAAUUGAAAUUAAAAACUUUCAUGAGAGUACUUGCUGAAAAAACUGAUAUUGGCACUAAUGAUUAUGAAGUAUCUACAAUUACCAGAUAUCAGUCUCUAUCUGGAAUUGCUACAAAUCUUGCUUCAAGUAUGUCUUCUACUUUGACAACUCAAGAUGCUUCUCUACUUACACCACAACCAGCAAAUUCACAUGAAUUUCAAAAUCCUAAAGUUCCUUUACAAGAAUUACCAUUAGUUUUAAAUCAAAAUCACGAAAUGCAAGAAUUUUUUCAAAGAAAUUUGUUUAUGAAUUCUAAUAUAUUUAAGUAG